AUGUGAUUCAUGAAAGAAGACCUUUAGACUUUAAACAAACAAUAGAGGGGAGAAAUCCCCAUGCGCUCUUGCUCUUUCUCUUCAAUCUUCGGACUCUUUCAACCCAACUUCAUCACAAAUUCCCCCACCAACUUUGACGAGACCCAAAAUAUCUAUAAACACUACUCCCUUUUCUCUGUAAACCGUAAAGGAGAUAUUUUUAUUUCCUUUCUCCUUUAGUUUCCCACUUAUUUUGCUCUGUGGAGAUGUCGGAUAUUGUUGCUGAUACAUGGAGACGUUAUCUUCUCCAAUUGCAGCUCCACCCCCUGAGAACAAAGGCAAUAACAGCUGGAGUUUUGGCUGGAUGCAGUGACACAAUCGCUCAGAAGAUCUCUGGUAUCAAGAGACUUCAAUUCAGAAGGUUGCUUCUCAUCAUGCUUUAUGGUUUUGCCUAUGGGGGGCCAUUUGGGCAUUUCCUGCACAAACUUAUGGACACUAUUUUCAAAGGAAAGAAAGGAAACAAAACUGUUGCUCAGAAGGUAUUGCUGGAACAAUUGACUUCUUCACCUUGGAACAACAUGUUCUUUAUGAUGUACUAUGGAUUAGUAGUUGAAGGAAGACCAUGGGGUUUGGUGAAGAGCAAGGUUAGGAAGGACUAUCCAACUAUCCAAUUGACUGCAUGGAAGUUUUGGCCAAUUGUUGGUUGGAUAAAUUAUCAGUACAUGCCUCUGCAAUUCCGAGUUUUGUUCCACAGCUUUGUUGCUUCAUGCUGGGCAAUAUUUCUUAAUCUCAAGGCACGGUCUAUUACUGCUAAAAGGGAUUAGCUGAAGUGAAAAAGGUUUGAGAGCUUGUUAGUGGUUGAUAGUUUUUAGAUUUGAAUGCUGCAUAUUAUAAACCUUUAUGCGAAGAGAAUGCUUUUGUAAGCAUACCAUAAAAUCUUGGUUCAGAACAUAUAACUCGGGUUUUAUAUUCUCGAAUCUGUACUAUCCAGUAGAAUAAGGAACCGAGGGCUGUAUUUCUUGUUUCUUUUUCUACAUUGAAGAAUUACUCAAUGAACUCAUGAGACUUUAGAUUGGA